AUGGCAACGGCUGAGGGGCUCACCACUGGCCCCAGGCCAGUUUUGGCGCUGCAGGCUGGUUCCAGACCUUCCCGGGGGGUGCGGCAGCAGGAGCUCCGCCAGCGGUUCGCGUCUGGGGAGCGUGGGAGCCCUGCAGCCAGGGUUUGUGCAUCCCUCACCCUCAGCGGGGCACUGGCGGCCACGGGGAACGACGGGACCAGCCCCGGGCUGAGGUGGGGUGGCACUAGCAGCUGGCAGCUGGCACUGGCGGGGCUGUGCCCGUGCCUGUGGCACCGCUCCAUCGGCACAGCCGGCACCAUCGGCACAACCAGCACCAUCAGCACUCCUGGCACCAUCGGCACUCCUGGCACCAUCGGCACAGCCGGCACCAUCGGCACUCCUGGCACCAUCGGCACACCCGGCACCAUCGGCACACCUGGCACCAUCAGCACACCCGGCACCAUCGGCACUCCUGGCACCAUCGGCACACCCGGCACCAUCGGCACACCCGGCACCAUCGGCACACCUGGUACCAUCGGCACAGCCGGCGCCAUCGGCACAGCCGGCACCAUCGGCACACCCGGCACCAUCGGCACAGCCGGCACCAUCGGCACACCCGGCACCAUCGGCACACCCGGCGCCAUCGGCACAUCCGGCGCCAUCGGCACACCUGACACCAUCGGCACACCCGGCACCAUCGGCACAGCUGGCACCAUCGGCACACCUGACACCAUCGGCACAGCUGGCACCAUCGGCACACCUGACACCAUCGGCACACCUAACACCAUCGGCACACCUGGCACCAUCGGCACACCUGGCACCAUCGGCACUCCUGACACCAUCGGCACACCCGGCACCAUCGGCACACCUGGCACCAUCGGCACACCCGGCACCAUCGGCACACCUGGCACCAUCGGCACACCCGGCACCAUCGGCACUCCUGGCACCAUCGGCACACCUAACACCAUCGGCACACCUGGCACCAUCGGCACACCUGGCACCAUCGGCACUCCUGGCACCAUCGGCACAGCCGGCACCAUCGGCACACCUGACACCAUCGGCACACCUGACACCAUCGGCACUCCUGGCACCAUCGGCACACCCGGCACCAUCGGCACUCCUGGCACCAUCGGCACACCCGGCACCAUCGGCACACCUGGCACCAUCGGCACACCCGGCACCAUUGGCACACCCGGCACCAUCGGCUCACCUGGCACCAUCGGCACAGCCGGCACCAUCGGCACACCCGGCACCAUCGGCACAGCCGGCACCAUCGGCACACCUGACACCAUCGGCACAGCCGGCACCAUCGGCACUCCUGGCACCAUCGGCACAGCCGGCACCAUCGGCACACCCGGCACCAUCGGCACACCCGGCACCAUCGGCACACCCGGCACCAUCGGCACACCUAACACCAUCGGCACACCUGGCACCAUCGGCACUCCUGACACCAUCGGCACUCCGGGCACCAUCGGCACAGCCAGCACCAUCGGCACACCCAGCACCAUCGGCACAGCCGGCACCAUCGGCACACCUGGCACCAUCGGCUCACCUGGCACCAUCGGCUCACCUGGCACCAUCGGCACACCUGGCACCAUUGGCACACCUAACACCAUCGGCACACCUGACACCAUCGGCACACCUGGCACCAUCGGCACACCCGGCACCAUCGGCACACCUGGCACCAUCGGCACUCCUGGCACCAUCGGCACACCUGGCACCAUCGGCACACCCAGCACCAUUGGCACACCUGACACCAUCGGCACACCUGGCACCAUCGGCACACCCGGCACCAUCGGCACACCUGGCACCAUCGGCACUCCUGACACCAUUGCCGACACCAUCGGCACAGCCGGCACCAUCGGCACACCUGGCACCAUCGGCACACCUGGCACCAUCGGCACACCUGACACCAUCGGCACUCCUGGCACCAUCGGCACACCUGACACCAUUGGCACACCUGGCACCAUCAGCACACCUGACACCAUUGGCACACCUGGCACCAUCAGCACACCUGACACCAUCGGCACACCCGGCACCAUCGGCACACCUGGCACCAUCGGCACACCCGGCCUGCGCCGGGGCUCGCCAGGGACCGGGGAUCAUUUUUUUCUAAUCUGCAGAUUGUUAGCAAAUGCAAGGGCACUGCUGAUAAAACAGAUGGGUGAUUAA